CGCCCAUUUUCAGAAGAAAGCUGUUCAUGUGUAAUUUUGCACAAAUUUUUGUAUUUUGGCUGUUACAAGUGUAAUUUGGAGGUUGUUUUCAAUUGUCUUCGACUACGUGCGAUGGAUGAGUUUGAUUUAUAUCUUAAAAGAUGUCGUCUUUGUGCUUCUGAACAUCAACUGGGGCUUAAUUUAUUUGGCCCAGAAGGAGUAAUGUUGGAUUUGAAGUGCAAAAUAAAGAUGUAUCUUUCUAUAAAUAUAUGUUCAGAAGAUGAGUUACCAAAUCAAGUAUGUUAUCAAUGUUUGUAUCGAAUUGAAACAUUCCACAGUUUCAAACUAUCAUGCAUGGAGUCAGAACACACUUUGAGAAAUUGGCACUUAUUUUAUGGAGGAAUUUCAGAUAAACACAAUACAUCAGGUUCAGGGGAUGAAUUAAAGUCAGAGGAUGAAACAGAAGUAAACAUUGCUCCAAGUACAGAUCAAGAACUGAAAUUGACUUCAGAUAAGAACACUCGACUCACCCCUAGCGUAUCAGUGGAAUCAGUAGCACAGCCCUCAACAAGCUCUCUGUCUAGUCUUAAACUUGCCAAAAUGGUGGAAACAGCAGUUAACAGCCAACGGAGCAAGGAUAUCCAGUUACAGACCACGAAGGGUGAUGAAGUUACCACAUCUGACACUCCUGACCAAAUAAAGCAGUCCCAAAAUUUAAGUGGGAAGGUUGAUGUAGUAGCCAUAAAGACUGGUAGGAAUAUUUUAAGGAUAUCUGAUGAUGAUCCGAACAGCGACCUCAAAGAUCAGUUGCCCGAAAGUGAUAAUAAUAAUGAAGUGUCACGAAUUCUGCUCAAUAUGUCUGGCGUUGGUACCAUCUCAGUCACGAAAUAUGAGGGUAUGGGUCUGAAACAGGUAGAUGCUAAGGGCAAUAGCAGGAGAGGUGGAGGGAUGCAAGAAAAUCAAACGAUAAUUGUGGACAAACAGCUGUCAGAGGAAUAUGUCAUUAAGUCUGAUGAUGAUGAUGAUGAUGAUGAUGAUGAGACUGAUGGUUUCUCAGGUUUUGAUUUUGAGGAAACAUCCAAUGGUUCAGAAACAAUGGAACUUACAAAGGAAAACUCUGGGAAGGGACUGGAGGAGACAGUUGUGGUGGGAGAACUGAUACCGAGCAAUUGUGUUGAGUUUAAGCAUUUGGAAGUUGAUAGGAAUGCCAGAGUGUGCAUUGCUGAAGAUGCGUCUCAGAAUACAGAUAAACUGGAGUUGCAGGAUUCAUUGAAGUAUGUGAUGGUUACUGUAAACAGUUCAGGUUCAACUCGCUUUGCCUGUGUCGAGUGCAAUAAAAGUUUUGCUCAGAAGAGCUACAUCAAGGAACAUAUGAAGAUACAUACAGGUGAGAAGCCCUACGCAUGCACAGUUUGUGGACGUAAUUUCCGCAAUAACUACAUGCUGAAGGUACACAUGCGACUUCAUACGGGUGAGAAGAAUUUCAAGUGUGAGGAAUGUGGUGCUCUCUUCACAGAGCGCGGUGCCCUAGCCUCCCAUUUUCGAACGCACACGGGUGUCAAGCCAUUUGUUUGCAUUUUCUGUGGUCGCAAGUUUGCACAAAAUCCAGCUCUUAAGAGACAUCUUCGUAUCCACACCAAGGAGAAACCAUACAUGUGUGACCACUGUAAGACGUGCUUUGCGGAUCGUGGGACGUGGAGGAAUCACGUGCGUAUUCACACGGGGGAGCGGCCAUACAAGUGCACACUGUGUGAAAAGACCUUUGUACAGCGAACUAAUCUACAGGCACACAUCAAGACACACACUGACGAGCGCCCAUUCCCUUGUCAGGUGUGUGGCUCUUCCUUCAGGACAAAGGCACAUCUUGUGAAGCAUCUCUCAACCAUCCACAGGGAUGUCAUGAAGUCAGUCAUCACAUUCAUGAAGGAACCAAAACCAGAAUUGUGUUCAGCUGCUGUGUUCUGAAAUGUGAUAUUAAUAAAACUGAUGAUGUGGGCAACAUAAUUCCAUUUAUGAAUCUACUUGUUAAAUUCAACAUGGACCUAAGGGAGAAUAAAUAAUUUGGGAAUGAAGUUACA